UCCCCUCCCCUCCCCGCACGCGUCCCUGGUCGCUGUCAUGGCGGCCUGAAGUUCGGCGCGGGCCGAGGCGGGAGGACAGGCAGGCGGAACGGAGGAGGCCGGCAGCCGGUUACAUGAUCUAGAAUGGCAGGGGAACAGAAGCCGUCCUGUAAUCUCCUUGAGCAGUUUAUUUUAUUAGCCAAAGGCACCAGUGGAUCAGCUCUAACUGCCCUUAUCAACCAAGUGCUGGAGGCUCCUGGGGUUUACGUCUUUGGAGAGCUGCUGGAAUUAACUAACAUACAAGAGCUUGCUGAAGGACCUAAUGCUGCUUAUUUUCAGUUGCUGAAUCUCUUUGCCUAUGGAACCUACCCAGAUUAUGUAGCAAACAAGAAUGACCUGCCAGAGUUAACAGGGGCCCAGAAGAACAAGUUGAAGCAUUUAACUAUUGUCAGCUUAGCUUCCAGAAUGAAGUGCAUUCCUUACUCAGUAUUACUGAAAGACUUGGACAUGCGGAACCUGCGGGAAUUGGAGGAUCUGAUCAUAGAAGCCGUUUACACCGACAUCAUCCAGGGGAAGCUGGACCAGCGGAACCAGGUGCUGGAAGUUGAUUUCUGCAUCGGCAGGGACAUCCAGAGGAAGGACAUCAACAACAUCAUUAAGACGCUGCACGAGUGGUGCGACGGGUGCGAAGCCGUCCUGUUAGGAAUCGAACAGCAGGUGCUCAGAGCCAACCAAUACAAGGAAAACCACCACCGAACCCAGCAGCAGGUAGAGACGGAGGUGACAAAUAUAAAGAAGACCCUCAAAGCCACCGCCUCGUCUUCUGCCCAGGAGAUGGAGCAGCAGCUGUCAGAGCGAGAGUGCCCCCCGCACGCCGAGCAAAGGCAGCCCACCAAGAAGAUGUCCAAGGUCAAGGGGCUGGUCUCCAGUCGCCACUAGUGCCCGGGGCGGCGGCAGGAGGAGGAUGUCGCUCGGGGAGGGGGAUCCUGGAGUGACUCUGGAAGGAACGCCCGUUGCGGCCCCCUCCCUGUG